AUGGAGAGCGAGGGAGUACUUGGGGUUCAAACCUCUCAGUCCACUCGACCACCUGGCGAUGCAGGGCCGGAGAUGACCAGUGAGGAGAAGAAAACAGCUCUUGUGGCCAUCACCACAUUCAUGGCAGCCAUCAUAGCCCUGGGUACAAUAGGUAACGUGCUGGUUAUUCUGGCCAUCAUACAGACUAAGAAGCUGCAGACCGUGUCCAACCUAUUCGUGGCCAACCUCAGCACCUGCGACCUCAUGUUUGUCACCAUCGUCCUACCUGUCAACAUGUACACUUACUUGUGCAACGGAUGGCAUCUACCUAUGAUCCUUUGCAAGUUUGUCGGCUUCCUGUGCUACACACUGACAGGUACAACAAUAAUAACCAUCACACUGAUCGCUUGGAACCGGUACAAACUGGUAGUUGACGUCAGCCGGUACAAACAGUUGUUUCGGCCCAGAAACAUGGCGGUGAUGUUAGCGGCAUCCUGGGUAAUCCCGGUUCUGUGUUUACAGCCAGCAGUCUUGGAGAAAUGGGGCCACUUCGGCUACAUCCCGAUGUUGUCAAGCUGCAACCUUGGCCUUGAUAACUCCAGUCAAAGUUUCAAGAUAUUUUUGCUCAUCGUUCGUGCGGCCAUACCUUGUGGCCUCAUCAUUUACUUCUACAGCUCUAUCUACGUCACCACACGCGAGUCUCACCAAAGACUAUAUUGCAUAUCUCGAUCCGGCAGCAACGUUAUGAAGCAGCUAAACCACAAGAGAGAGAUGCGUUUGACCAGAAUGAUGAUCGCAAUCUUUGUAGUCUUCGUGUUAAGUUACUUCCCCUGCACGAUCUCCAGUGUCAUUGAUUGGAGCAAAGUUCUCAGCAAAACUAUCCAUAUGUUCUGUCAGACGUCUAUCUUUCUUGGAAGCGCAGUCAACCCCUUGCUCUAUGGCUUUAUGAAUGAACAGUUCCGCAAGGCCUACUACCGAAUCAUCACCUGCAAAGUCAUGUUUCGUCGAGGUAAGCAAGGGCCAGCUGCUACAAGAGAGACCACGUACGUUGACAACAACGAGGGCAAACCAGAUGCAACGUCAGACGAUCCUUCCGUAAAUACAUAUCAAGAGUCGCCCCCAAACAAAAGCAGACUGUUUCUGAUGCCAGAUGACAGUAUUUCUGUGUCUCCGGCUACUUCUCCGUGCUUGACUGACACUAGACAAGAUCUGUUGUUUGUUUCCGAUAAGGGUGGUCUUAGGAAUAUGCCGAGCAAGUGUCAACGCUCUCCUGGAAGUGACAACACUUGUCAGUGGCAGAUAAACGCUGACACAGAGGCGCUAUGUCAGCUGUCGCCAACUCAGAACAUGUAUGGUUUUCAGAAUAAUUCAGUUUAA